UGACAGAAUGAAAAGUGUGUGUGUGUGUGUGUGUGAGAGGCAGAGAUAAUGAAGCAUAGAACUGCAGAGACAAAAAAAGGCACCACGCUGAGUCUUUUAUAAAAAUGUUGCCUUUUCUCUGGAAGCACUGGCUGAGAGUUUUGGGUGGAUGUUGGGGGCGGGGGUGGUGAGGUGGGAUGGGUGAGCUGGGGGUAUGGCGAGAGAGAGAGAGAGAGAGAGAGAGAAAGAUAGAGAGCGAGAGGAGGGGGAAAGUAAAUGUGCUGCCUCUCCCUUUCUCCCUCUCCUCUCUUUUCCCUCUGUGUCUCACUUCUCUCGUCACUUCGUUCUCUGGAUUCUCCCCGAGCUGAAGAAGAGGGAGGAAAGAGAAGGAAAAAGACCAGAAGAACAAGAAAGAAUAUGAAAAAGAGGAUGGUUGAGCUGUUUGUGGGACUAAACCGGAGUAGUUAAGUGCUGCAUUGGAAAGGGAGAGAAAAAUUGGAGGUAAAGAAGAAGACCAGACCGAGGAGAGGAGGAGGAGGGAAUUUGGGAAAGCCAGUGAGCCACCGUGCUGGAACAACAAGAGAAGAGAGAAAGAGAGAGACAAGAAACAAGUGGUGAAAGUUAUCAGGAUUCUCGGAAAGACCGAGUUAGAAAGCAAGAGUUAGUGGGAGGUGAAGAAUAAGCAAAAGAGUAGGGAAGAAGAAAGGGGAAUAAGUGGAAAGGAAAGUCAUCCUUGGUACAGAGACCACAUCUGCAGCUGACAGGUGAACCUUGGUUAGCCAGGAUGGACAAAGUGGAGCGUGUGAUGAAGAUGGUGAAGAGGAUGUCGCCUAGGAAGAAGAGGAGAGAAGGAGGAGGAGGAAGAGGAGGAGGACCUGGAGAGCUGGAGAGCCCGGACACCCUGUGUGACGAACUCUGCCGCUUCAGCCUCUGCAUCAGUGAUGACGGGCCAUAUGGAAAAACAAAGGAUAUCUCUGGACCAGACCAAACCAUGGCCUCAAGAAGACACAGUAUACCAGAAGCUCUGCGGGGGGUGACCAUGGUGGAGCUGGUGAAGAAAGAAGGGAGCACGCUUGGCCUCACCAUCUCAGGAGGAACUGACAAGGAUGGGAAACCACGGGUAUCAAACCUACGGCCUGGGGGUCUGGCAGCCAGGAGUGACCAGCUAAAUGUUGGUGACUACAUCAAGUCAGUGAAUGGCAUCAAUCUGACCAAACUGCGGCACGAAGAGAUCAUCAGUUUACUGAAGAACGUAGGAGAGAGAGUUCUGCUGGAGGUGGAGUAUGAACUGCCUCCUACAGCACCAGACAGCACCUCAGGGGUUAUUUCAAAGACAAUCGACAUCUGUUUGCACAAAGAGGGGAACAGUUUUGGUUUUCGUCUUACAGGCGGCACACAGGAGGACUGGCACAAAUCUCGCCCCCUAGUGGUCACCUAUGUCAGGCCAGGAGGUCCAGCAGACAGAGAGGGCACGCUGCGUCCUGGUGACCGUCUCCUCAGUGUGGACGGCGUGCCGCUGCACAAUGCCAACCACAGUGAUGCCCUCAUUGUGUUGGCUCAGUGCGGCCAGGAAGCCCUGUUCCAGAUAGAGUAUGAUGUCACCAUCAUGGAUACAGUAACGAACGCUUCUGGUCCACUAUUAGUGGAAAUUGCGAAGUCACCAGGAGCAACGCUGGGUAUCACGCUGACAUCGGCCAAUCAUCGAAACAAGCAGGUCAUCGUCAUCGACCGGGUAAAACCUGGCAGCGUGGUGGACAGAUGUGGAGCGUUGCAUGCUGGGGAUCACCUGCUGUCCAUAGAUGGGACGUCAACAGAACACUGCACAGUCCUGGAGGCAACACAGCUAUUGGCAAGCACAACAGAACUGGUCAAAUUGGAAAUACUCCCUUCCCAUCAAACAAGGCUAACUGGGAAACAGCACGACACAGUGAAGGUUCAGAAGUCAGACCACCCCCACUCCUGGGACCCCUGUGUAAACUACUGUCACCCUCCAAACUCCACCCUCUGCAACACAAGCUCCACCCUCAACAAGUCGUGGACCGCCUCAAACAACAACACCAUCAACAGCCUCGACUACUGCAAGUCUCUGGUAUCUGCCAGUUUCUCUCCCGGCUCUACGACCACGUCGGGCCCCAGUAGCCAGAGCUCCAGCACUUUGCCCAGGCCUACAGUUCCCAUGAGUCCACGUAAUUCACUGCUCAAACGACGGCAGAGAAAGAAAGAGCACAAAAGCUCCUUGUCCCUGGCGUCCAGUUCGGUGGGUCCGGGCGGUCAGGUCGUUCACGUAGAGACCAGUGAGGUGAUCUUAACAGGCGACCCACUCAAUGGCUUCGGUGUUCAGCUUCAAGGAGGAAUAUUUGCCACUGAAACACUGUCUGCACCCCCACUCAUCCGAUUCAUAGAGCCCGACAGCUCUGCAGAGAGGUGUGGCCUGCUUCAGGUUGGAGACCGCCUCCUGUCAAUCAACGGAAUCCCAACAGAAGACGGAACACUGGAGGAAGCCAAUCAACUUCUCCGAGAUGCGGCUCUGACCAAUAAGGUCACGCUGGAGAUAGAAUUUGAUGUAGCAGAGUCAGUGGUGCCUAGUAGCGGUACUUUCCACGUCAAACUGCCGAAGAAGAGAGGAGUGGAGCUGGGGCUCACCAUCAGUGCCAGUAAGAAGCCAGGGGAGCCCCUCAUCAUCUCUGACAUCAAGAAAGGCAGCAUGGCCCACAGAACAGGAACUUUGGAGCCUGGUGAUAAGCUGUUGGCCAUUGACAACAUCAGACUUGAGAACUGCUCCAAAGACGAUGCAGAGCAGAUUCUCCAGCAGUGCGAGGAACUGGUAAAACUAAAGAUCCGCAAAGAUGAAGACAACUCAGAUGAGCAGGAGACAUCAGGCAGCAUCAUCUACACAGUGGAGCUGAAGCGGUACGGAGGCCCCUUGGGUAUCACCAUCUCAGGCACUGAGGAGCCUUUUGACCCCAUCACUAUAUCUGGCCUAACCAAGAGAGGCCUGGCCGAGAGGACAGGGGCUAUUCAUGUAGGGGAUCGGAUCCUGGCUAUCAACAGCGUCAGUCUUAAAGGCAAGCCUCUGAGUGAAGCCAUCCACCUGCUGCAGAUGGCUGGAGAGACAGUCACCCUCAAGAUAAAAAAGCAACUUGACAGUUUAGAGGAGAGGAAAGCAACAGAGAUCGAGGACACAACAGAAAAUGAGCUGAGUGACCCUGAGGAGGACGAUUUGACGGACAGCCAACAGACCAAUAAGCUUUCUGAGCUUUACUCCACGACCAUACCCAGUGUGGACUCUGCCAUGGAGUCAUGGGAUGGCUCAGGACUGGACGCCGGCUAUGGCAGCCAGGGCACAUACAGCAAUCAAGCAGCCGGCAUCGCCCUCCACCCUCAUGAGUGGCGUAGCGCCAAGCAGCAGCAGCGCAGCAGCACACCUCCACCUGGACGCCGGAAGAACUACCCCUUCAGCGACGGAGGGUUCAGUGAGGAUGACUGGGACAAACCACCAGGAUUCAUUGGCCAACAACCAGAUGGUAUUCUGUUGGAUCCAGAUGACAGUUUCUGGUGUCAGGCGCUGGAGGAUCUGGAGACCUGCGGCCAGUCAGAACUACUCAGAGAGAUAGAGGCAUCCAUCAUGACAGGCACAGCCAUCAGUCUGGGCGUAGAUGGUGUCAACAAGCCUCCAGCUGAGCCCAUAUUAAGCCACAACAGGAUGAGCCCAUUGCGGAGAAAUUCUCUCCUGCACCAGGGAAACCUGCUGCACCAGGGCACACACCUCCACCAGGGGGCCCAUCUGCACGAGGAGGCCCACCUGCAUGAAGAGGCCCAACUCCACCAAGACACCCACCUGCACCAGGAGACCCAUUUCAACCAGGAGGCCCACCUGCAUCAGGGGGCCCAAUUCCACCAAGAUAACCAAUCUCCACUCCUGCACCACGAGCCCAAGCCCAAGGCCUCAUUAAGAGUGUCAGAGAGAACGUGGGAGUCUCGUCGGAUCAAGGAGGAGAUGCAGGGGAUUCUGUCCCCAACGCCUCUGGAGCUGCACAAAGUAACCGUGAUAAAGGACCCAGAGAGCGAUGACUUUGGUUUCAGUGUUUCAGACGGUUUCUUGGAGAAGGGAGUUUAUGUCAACAUGAUCAGACCUGACGGGCCAGCGGACCGAGCCGGGCUCAAACCCUACGACAGGAUCCUGCAGGUGAACCAUGUUAGGACGAGGGACUUUGACUGCUGCCUGGCGGUGCCUCUCAUCACAGAGGCUGGAGACAGACUGGAGCUGGUCAUCAGCCGCAACCCACUGGCCAACGAUGAUCCAGAGGACAAUAACAACACUUUAGACCACCCGCUAGACCUGUAACACACACACACACACACACACACACAAGACAGACAGAUGAAUCUCUAGAUAUACACACACAUACAUUCACUCUGUCACACUCAGGCAGAAAACAUAUUAUAAGUGGUGAUGAAAUAUAAACUUAUAUCUACUGGAACUGGCCCAAACAUACACACACAAACACACACUCAUUCCACCGGCUUGCAAUAAUUCUACUUAAACACAAAGACUCCUCCAGAAACACACACACGCAAACACUUGCAUGCUCACACAGUCGCCCCCUCCCAUUCACAUUGGGUUGAACUGCUGUUAUACAGUACAUUUCUUUAAGAAAGCACUGCCAGAGUGCAGAAAAACCACCAGAGGAUCUCCUGACGACUAGCUUGGAGUGUUGGUCCAACAUAAACAGCCACUAACUUGGCACUUUAACCAGCCAUUUUAACCAAUUCUGACUCUUUACUUAAAACAAACUAAUAAAAACCUGCAAUUUGAGCAAGGUAAUUUCAGCUGUUUUUAAUGCCAGGCCACAGGUUUAUAGAAAUUUCCAGUGCUGAUGGUUCCAGAAGGAUCUGCCUUACUACACAAUAUUGUUAGUGAUUUUGGGAAAUUUCAAGUGAAACAGAAUUGAUUAGAAGAGAAAUUGCCUUGCUCACUUUUCAAAUUUUAUUGGUUUCAAGAAAGAAAGGCUGAUGAGACUCAAUAGAAGAUCAACUGUUUAUAAAGGAAUUGUUUUUUUUAUAUAUUGUGUCUGACUGUGGUCUAUACAGAUGUAGCCAUUGUAGAGGUCCAUAUUGCUGCUAAGAGUCUGCUCAAAUAACUGCUGCUCCAAUGCAAUUCCCAAGAGUAAUUUCCUGGAAAGGUCAAAGUUAGCUCUUUUUCCAGCUGUCGCACGAAGGCGUACUUCUAUACUGGAUACCACUGCACAUCAUAAGGUCAGCACAGUGACAUUUAAAAAAAAAUCUUAAUUUGUGCCAUCAUUUCAAGGUCAAGACAGUGAUGUCAUCACAACUGCCAAACUCUGUUGUUCAAUCAAAGUCACUGAGGGAAAGGAUUGCUCUCCUCUCCUAAUGAAAAAAUGUUAUCUUAAAUGGAAGUUACUAGCAAAGGCAAAUUAUGCUGCAACACAAUCGGGCAGCAGAGCUUAUGGAGAUGCCCCGGAGAAAACUGUGUUGCCAACAGAAGAACAUCUUCCUGCAACAUUGAGAAACUUUUUUGAUUUGGUCUUUUGUUUUUCCUUUUACCAGCUGCUGGGAGAGCUGUCCAUCUAUGUUACCCAAGUCUGUCAUCACAGUUGUCUGAGAGCACUGGGCUAAUCACUGGCUUACAAAGUCAAAGAGUAGUAGCAACUAUAUAUGUAUUACAGAGAGAGAUCACAAUUGGGGUUGAGAUCCAGCAUUAUCACAAAUAACACCUAUUUAUGCUAUUAAAGGUGCUGUGUGUAGCACUAAAGAGAAAUUCAGUACCACAUAUUUUUUUAGAAAUUAGUAUAAUUGCUAUGAACAAACAAGUCAAGUACAGUCUGUCAGUAUUCUUCAGAAACAAACAGAGGUAAAGCUUGUGAAAA